AUGGAUUGUGUUUUUGUAGCUGCUGGAUCCGAGUGUGUUAACGCUGCAAUCUUAAUCCUUGGUGAUGCCUCCCUUAACGCUACAAUCUCAUUGUUGCCUUCGAUUUACCAGUUUGACGUACAUAAAUGCAUUUGGGGGAUCAAAUCAAUCAAUGCUAAACGCAUUGCUUUGCAGCUUCCCGAAGGUCUUCUUAUAUAUGCUCUCACACUCUCUGACAUAUUCACAUUUCUCGGCUUGUGCGCUUGUGAUGUCAAGAACAUAAUUCUUACGGGUACGAUUCAGUUUACUUCGGCGAUUAGAGCCGUGAAACCGGAUUUAGAGAAGCAAGGGUUUAGUGUUUUGAUCCCUAUGUCAAAACCUUUGUCGGCUAGUGAAGUCCUCGGGUGCAUAACACCUAAGAUUCCAACAGUUGAGGAUCGUAAAGACGCAUUCAUGAUAACUAAUUCGAAGAUAAAGGCAUUUAGGUAUUAUCCAUAUUUUAGCAAGUUGGUUUUGGAAGAGUAUGGUCACAAGGGAAUGAGGGAGACGAGAAGGAGAGCAAUUGCAAGGGACAAGGUUGCAAAAACUUGGGGGAUCAUGUUGGGGACAUUUAGAAGGAAAGGAAAUCCCAAGAUUUUCGAGAGGUUAGAGAAGAAAAUGAUGGAGAAAGGGUUAAAUAGAACCGUUGUUAUAAUGUUAGAACUUAGCCCUAUAAGAGUGGCAUUGUUUGUUCUUGUAUUGUUAAGAUAA